CACACGUUGCAGACUUAGAUUUCCGCUUUUAGUCUAAACAACUCACAUUGAUUGGGGUGUCUGGGAAGUUGUAGUAAGAUAUGGCUGAUGUUCGUAAGCUGGUGUUCUCCAUACUCAGGUUUUUGGAGGACCAGAAGACGUCUGGUUCUUUGUCAGAUGAGGAUGUAGAGAGUGUUGAAGUGGCCUGUCAGUGUUUGGAAUCAUCUUACAAAGUGAAUGUACGGGACCCAGAGUCCUGCAGCAAAUACCAGGUGCCAAUGAAUCUUCUGGAUAUCUUCAACUCUUACCUUGAUAGUCAGCCUGAUACAGACCUUUCAAAUUUGUCUCUACAUGAGCCAACACCAGAAGAACGAACAGAAGCAGAAAAACUGAAAACAAAGGGAAAUGACUUUAUGAGUGCUGAGCAGUUUUCUGAGGCUUUAGAGACCUAUACCAAAGCCAUUAAACUGGAUGGUAAAAAUGCGGUAUAUUAUUGUAAUAGGGCAGCAGCAUUUAGUAAACUGAAUAAACACGCAGAAGCAAUAGAAGACUGUAACAAGGCAAUAAUGAUAGAUCCAAACUACAGCAAAGCCUAUGGAAGAAUGGGGAUUGCUUAUACAUCACUGAAUGACCAUGCAAAGGCUCGUGAGUGUUAUAGAAAAGCCUUAGAAUUGGACCCAGACAGACAGAGCUACCAAAACAACCUUGAAAUUGCAGAACAAAAACUGCGAGAAGAAUCAUUACAAGGUGGUGGGCUGGGUGGUAUGGACUUCUCCUCUAUACUUAGUAACCCAGCCCUAAUGAACAUGGCAACAACUAUGAUGAGCAAUCCACAGAUGCAGCAGAUUAUGGCCAAUGUGAUGUCAGGUGCACCUCAGUCAAGCCCUGCUGGUGAGACAGGAGGGGGUAUAGCUCCAUUACUACAAGUGGGCCAACAGUUAGCUGCUCAGAUGCAGGCCCAGAAUCCUGAUUUAGUUGCCCAGUUACGUCAACAAAUGGGACAGGCCAACCCAGAUGACCCAUCAGCACAGAGUGACCAAAAUCCACCAGGGCAAUAGCCCUGUUAAAGCAUUUCAUGAUUCACAGAGUUGUACUGGGUAACGGAGAACAGGGAAAGGUGAACUGCACUAGAUGUAUUUAUAAGUUUAUAAGAACUCUCUUGGUCUUCCUGUCAUGCCCAGUCGAGCCUGUCUCUCUUUGACUGUCAAACAACGACAACAACGAUAUAGCGGAGCAUACGGCUGUGGCAUAGGUAAUCUGUCGCUUAGUCUCAGAUGGACAUGCUUUGUGACAAUUGUUUUGUGCAUUCCCUGCCUAUAAUAUGUUGCUGCUUUUGCAGAUCAUUUUCUUGUUCUGUCAUUCAGUGUUCUGCUAAACAAAUCAGUAUAACUAGUAGAUGUUUAAGUUUCUGUGCCAUCUGUAAAAUUCCGUUUUUCAUCUGACCUUAAUAAGAUGUUACCUACUUUACAUUGUGUACUUUGUGCUGAUUUUUUCCCGGUAAUAUGUUUUUUGUCAAUUGACUUAAGUAUUAGUUUCAAGACCAAGCUGGAUGUAUCAUUGAAAUAAACUGUGUUUGGUAUCUGCGCUACAUUGUUAAAGGCAAGCAAAAGAAUAUUGUGCACUCAUCCAACAUCAGUAAUGUCUGUACUUGUAGUUCAGGUUGACAAAACAGUACAUUCACUUGCGUAAAAGUGUGCCAAGGUAAAUCGUUGUUUAUCUUGUUGCUGUUAUAAACACCUAGAAAUUUGUUAAGGUGACUGGGGGUCCAUGUGUGCUGGCAAAACAUAAGCCAUACAAAAGUGCUAAAAGCAUAAGUGAAUAUCCAUAUAUGAUUCUAACCUGUAACAUCACUCUCAUGUCAUUAUUGGAAGCUAGCAGAUUAAUAUUGGUUCGCUUUUCAAAGAUGGAAAGCAGCACUUAAAACUUAAAAACAUGUUGGUUCAUGCCAUGCAGGGGAAAAAUAGAACAUCUAUGUUUGUACAGGUACUUACAGAUCUUGCAAGAAAUAUGGUUUACAAAAAAAAAACAAACAAACCGAAACUGACUUUUAAUGUUUUUUCUUGUGUGUGAGUCACUGGGCUUAAAUUCAGUGAAAUAUUUUAAUUACAUUUGACUUAUUUGUCAAGAUCAGAAUGCAGGUGAAAACAAUCUGUCAAUAGUAUGUGUGGCAUGACAAGAUAGAAGUUUAGAAAAAAAAAAUCCUUUGCAUUAAUAUUAAUGGCAGCAGUGCAGAACAUACUAUUAGUUACAUGGUUACUGAGGGAUAGGAUACAGAAAUAUAUGGUGUCAGUAAUCCUCGUGUUACUAAAGGUUACUGACAAAGACCCAUCAAUUCAGUGCAGAAAAUGUAUAGGUGAAUUGCCUCAGAGAUGUCAUUGUCUUCACAACGCAACAAAGGGGGAUAAUCUACUGACACAUUUGAUGUUAUCUGCAGGAUUCAAGAAAUUAUCUGUACCCCACGUUACCAUUGUUGUUCAAUGAAAAGCAGAGUAUUUUAUCAGAUGCGGGAUAAAUUUUAUUAACAUAUUGCCUGCUAUAUGUGUGAAAUGGCUUUUCAUGAGCUUUUAAAUGCUUAAAAGCAUCUGUGGUAAGAAUAUAAUGGCAUUAAACUGCUAUUUAUAAAUAGUGCAUCGAGAACAAAACUGACCAGUUCAAUAUUGCAUUAUUAGUGUUACCAGCACAUAACCACUGUACAUGCUAUAGCAACUAGUAUUGUACAUACAUGAUCGGUUUUAUGUCCCCUUAUUGUUACAAAUGUAUUAUAUAGUGCUACAUGUGCCUUGUGAAACUGGACAGUAUCUCGGGCACUAACAACAAUUUGUGUGAGCACAUAAAAGGAAUCUUGUAAAUCUUGGUCCACUUUUGGAAACAUCCCAUACUUCACUUUUUUUUUCGUAUCUUUCUUUGUGAAUUAUCUCGUUCUACAGCCUAGUCAACCUCAUUUGCAUAAAGGUUAUGGGGAAAUUGGACUCACAAAGUUAAGUUUUUCACGAGAUAACAUUUCAGGUCGAUAGCAUACAUAUAUACUUAAAUGGAUUAAUUUCCCUCUGAAAUGGUGACUAUCCAGCAUUUGCUAUAAAAUCACGACUGGCACGGUACAGUUACGGCAAUAUAAAUAGUUCAAAAGUGAAAAUUAACACAGACUUGUGACUUUGUAAGAACCGUCCAGUUUUAUAAAUGAAUAUCUAACCUAAUUUUAUUGAGACAAGGUGUAACUAAGGGGGUAACUGAUAAUAUUUUAUAAGAAAAAGUUAUCUGUUUAGACCUCUGUUCUAAGGGUAUUUAAUCUUCACUACCACCUUGCAACACAGUAAAAAUGUCAUGGUGUCCAAAAAAAAAAAAAGGUUAUUUUUCUGUUUCCAAAUCAAUGAGGACAAAGCCAUGUGAAGUUCACAGCUUGUAUAAUGCAAAUAACCUCAAAAAGUGCAGAAAUCCUCUAUGUUGCCAUAGUGCUAUUUAGAAUGUACAUACACAAGGCUCACUGCAUUUGUAUUAUUGCAGUUUUGUGCAUGUAUUCAUGUGCACGUCGGCUGGUUACCAUUUGUGAUUGAAAAGCUGCCAGGUACAUGAUACUUCUGUCCAGGGAUUCAUCUGCAGCAUGUAGUAUUAAUACCCAACAUGUACAUGUAAAAGCAUAUUGAUCAAUAAAACAUUUUGGUACAGUGUUGAAAGAUGUUGCAGUUUUAUGAAGAAAAAAUCAAG